AUGACCAACCUGACGUGGGCAUGGCUGCUCUUGAUCUCGGUGUUCCAGGUGGCUCAAAGUGCGCCAACUCGAACUGUAUGGAGAACGCCUAGCGGAAACAAUAAAGACUUCGUCACUACUUAUUACAUUGGGUCUACCGUGACCAUUGACUGGUCUGGUUGGGAUUCUUCUGUAUUGAAUCGCGACAUGAACGGUGUGAGCAAAGCCGACCUGUGGGUAAAUGCAUGGAACACCGAUUUCUCCACAUGGUCCAAAAAGAUUUCGACUAGCACGAUAGACGUUUCGUACUCGGGAACUUUCAAUUGGAAAGUCACCAUUGAUGAGAAAGCGCUAUCAGAUACUAAAGAGUACGGGUUCACUUUUAAACCAACCGGGGAGAGUUUUGCUCCGUCUAACCCUCGUUUGUACUCGCCGGGGUUUCACCUUAAUUCUAAUGAGACAACAUCCACGUCUACCUCUGCGAACUCGUCUAUCCAAACGUCCUUGUCUACCGCGACGAUUACUCAAACCCCGGAAGCUGCCUCAUCGGAUACGGGUGGACUCCCCACCGGCGCGAAAGCAGGAAUCGGCGUCGGCGCAAGCGUCGCCGGACUGGUGCUGUCUGCGUUUGGGUUCCUCCUUUUUCGACGGCGGCAACAGUCAUUACCGCAGGAGAUGACUGGAAAUCAGGAUCAAGCAACGGACGGUAGCUCCUACAUGAAGGCCAAGCCAGCACCGCAGGAGCUUUUGGCGCCACCGCCUGAAAUGGAACCCACGACCAACACCCGAAGGGAGAUGAUGUGA